AUGACCCCAUCAUUCGCUGCGCACCCCAGCUGAGGCGAGCGGAACCGUUCAGCCGAGAGGAGGAAGAGGAGGAGGCCAAACGGCGGAGAGGAAGAGAGGCCGAGGUGACAGGACAGGAGGACGGUCGCCGCCGCCCGCAGCGAAGAGAGUAUGGACUUCCUCGCGCUCCCCCGCCGCGACCUGCAGGCGCUGUGCAAGCGCAACGGCGUCCGCGCCAACAUGACAAAUGCCGCCAUGGCCGACGCCCUCCGUGCGCUUCCCAAGGUCGAUGGAAUCCAGGAGUACGUCAAGCAGCCAGUCCCUGUGCCUGAACCGGAGGUUGAAGCGGUGGUGGAGGAGCAGAAUAUGGGGAAGCAGGGGAGUCUGCUUCCGCGCGGCCGCCGUGCCGUCGCCAAGUCUUCGGACCCCAUCGAGACGGAGGAAGACAACGAAGAGGGAAAGGGGCACGCAAAGCGGCAGUCCAGCAAGGAAGAUGCGCAGGCAGUUGGGGUCGGGCGGCGUGGUGCCAGCCGGCACGCUAGGCCCGUCCCUGUCGUGCCUCAGCCGGCGGAAGUGGCGGAGGAAGACAGUCAGGGGGAGAACCUGAAGCGGGAGGCCAAAAUGGAUCAUGCGCCUGCCGCGGUUGUGGGUCGGCGCGGUGCCAGCCGGCGCGCUCGGCCCUCGCCUGCUGUGGCCGCUCCGGCAGUCGAGUCGGAGGUUGCUGGUGCGGAAGAGGAGCAGAGGGAGGAGAAGGUGGAGGACCCCAAACGGGAGGCGACCAUGGAUGAUGUGCUGCCGGCCCUUGGCGUAGGCCGCCGCGGUGCCAGCCGACGCGCUCGGGCGGCGCCUUCUGUUGCUGCGCUAGCAGGCAAAUUGGUAGCGGAGGAGGAGCAGAGGGCCCCGAUCCCACACGGUCCUCGUGUCAAGGCCAAGGGCACCUCGACCGAGCCUAUCAGGUUGGACGACAGCGAUGACGAGGAAAAGGAGGAUGCGAAGCCGGAGGAGCAGGAGGAUGCCCAAAUCCUUGGCGUGGGUCGGCGUGGAGGUGCCAGCCGGCGCGCUCAGGCGGCGCCUGCUGUAGCUGCGCCAGAAACUAACGCAGAAGAGGAGCAGAGGGGCCCUGUCCCACGCGGCCGCCGCGUCAAAGCCAACUCGACCGAGCUUAUCAGGCUGGACGACAGCAAGGAGGAGAAAAAGCAGGACACGAAGCCGGAGGAAGACAAGGGAGAUGCGCCAGCAAUUGCUGCAGGGCGGCGCGGCGCCGGGCGGCGCGGCGCCGGGCGGCGCGCUCCUGCCCCUUCAGAAGCUCCUGCUGCAAGUAAAGCUGAGGCAGGAGAUGUGGCCGUGGAGGCAGUACCUAUCCGGGCCACUCGUCAGCGUAAGCCGACGAUGAAAGCAGCAGCUGCUGCAGAGGAGAAGGCACCACGAAGGGCCACGAGGAGGAGCGCGGUGAUGAGGAUACAAGAGGAACCACAAGGUGUCUUCUCUGAUGCAGAGGCUGUGGGUGCACCGGAAGUGGCCGUGGAGGCGGUACCCAUUCGGGCAACUCGCCACCGUAAACCAACAAUAAAAGCAGCAGCAGCAGCUGCUGCAAAGGCAGAGGAGAAGGUACCACCAAGGGUCACGAAGAGGGGAACGGUGAUGAGGACCGUUUUGCAGCCGGAGGUACAAGAGGAACCGCAAGGUGUCUUCUCUGAUGCAGAGGCCGUGGGUGCACCGGUUUCUUACCAGCGAUGUGAUGCUCAGCAAGAGUUCGAAGAUGUUUCUUAUCCUCAAAAGCAAGAGUUAAGCAAAGACGAAGAUGAAGAUGUGGUUAUCAUUGAGAAUGAGAAGCUGAUGGAAAAGGCUCCAGCAGAAGAGUCAUCUGUGACUGAUCAUGAAUGCCCGGAUAAAUCAGAAAUUCAAGAACAAGUGGACGAUGAGAAGUGUCAUGCUCCCUUGGCAGCCCAGGAGGAAUCACCGAUCAUUGGUCUUGUUUCAAUGGUAACCGAACAGGCAUCUGAGGACGAUGAAAGUGCCAAUUAUCAGGAUGGUGGAGGCUCCAGUUCGGGUCUGUUGGACAAAGGUGUGUGUGAGGAGACCUAUGAUGCAGGUGAAGAGAUGGAACAUAUGGAUAUUGCUGAGUUGCAGGCUGACAUUGUGGAUGAGGCAGCUUUUCUUGAUUGCUCGGGUAACAUCAGUCAGGUUGCUGGAGAGGAGACCAAUGAGGAGGUCAAUACUGAAGAUGGUAUUAGCUGUCGAGAGGAGGGUGAUGUGGUUGCUGAUAAGGUGCUGCAUGACUCGGUAGAUAAUACCAUUCUUCUUGAUUGCUCAAGUGAUAUCAGCUGGGUUGAAGUGGAGAAGGCAGGAAACAUCACAAGUGAGAUGCCUGACAACCAAGCUGCAGUGGGUGAGGAUGGUGAUGAACCGAAUGGAGUGGUUAUUGGUGACAGCAUGUCCCAAGCCACUGUGAAAGAUGAAGUUGCCCAGGAAGAAAAGGGAGUACUGAUCACCGAUGAGAUACUGCAGGGGACAGCUGGCAUGCAUGACAUGGAGGAUGAUCAGUUUGAAACUGUUUUUGAUCAAGCUGAUCAAGUAGUCACUGCUGACAACCUGCCGGAACAAGUGACAGAUUGUGAAAUUACUGUGGAGGUGAUCACAUUACUGAUAGUUGAUGAGAGGCAACAGAGCACAGUUACAAUAGAUGAAAAUGUUAUCGAGGAUCAUUCUGAAACUGAUGGUGUUCAUUCCAAUGAACAGAUAGAAGUGGUAACUACUGACAAAGUUCCAGAGCUCAAGCUGAUAGAAGAUGUUUUAGUUCAAGCUGAUCAAGUAGUCACUGAUGACAACCUGCCAGAACAAGUGACUGAUUGUGAAAUUACUGUGGAGGAGAACACAGGACUGAUAGUGCCAGAACUCACAGGGACAAAUGUUGAAGUUAUUGAGGAGAAGACAUCAGCGGGAGUUGAUGAGCAGCAAAAGAGCACAGUUACACUGGAUACAGAUGUCGUCGAUGAUCAUUUCAAAACUGAUUUUGUUCAUGCUGAUGAACAGAUGGAAGUGGAACUCACAGAUACAGAUGAUGAAGUUGUUGAAGAGAUGAAAACACCAUUGGUAGUUGAUGAGAAGCAACAGAGUACAGUUACAGAUAAUGGAGACUUUGUGGAUGAUCUUUUCAAAACCCAUGGUGCUCAUGCUGAUGAACAGAAGGAAGUAGUUGAUGAGAAGAAACAGAGCACAAUUACCAUGGAUGGAGAUGUUGUCUUUGAUCAUCUCAAAACUGAUACUGCUCAUGCAGAUGAACAGGAGGAAGUUAUAGGUAUAGUUUCUGAAUUGCCAGAUGAAGUCACAGGGACUGACGAUGAAGUUAUUGAGGAAAAAACAGUUGUGAUUACUGAGGACAUGCCAAAUCAGGGAACUGUACCAAAUAUCACACAUACAAUGGAUGAAUGUUUAAAGGAAAACAAUUUUGGAACUGAUUUUGAUCAUGGCAAUGAGCAAAAGAAAGCAAUCACUGCCGACAUUGAGCCAGAAGUCUCAUGGGCACAAGACGGGGCGGGUGUCUGGAAGGAGAAUGCAUUGCUUGAUGAUGUCACAGAGUCCCUGUCCAAGAGCAUUGUCACCAUGGAGCCAUCAGUGUGCAAGAACUGCAGUGAGAAGAACCCUGCUGAACCCAUGGCAGUGCUAGAAGAGAAGGGAGUGAAGGUUGCAAGUGAAUCCGAGGAUUUGACUAAGCUUAGCCUAGGGCAGCUCAGAGCCAAGCUCAAGGAGAAACUGAAUGCCAAGAAGAACAAAGAAGCAAAGAAGAGGGUGGCGCUUGCCAGGGUGGAUGAGAAUGUUUGUCGAUCCCAUGCAAAGGGGCAGCAGCAGAACCUGAAUCUGCAACAGCAUUAACCCGGGGAUGAAGCUGGCUCUGAACUCUGAAAUAUCUCGUGUGCGUCCAGAUAGCAUGCAGUUGUGGUGAAACCAUGGUUUCUCCUACCUGGGCAUCUAACUUAUGUGUGAAUUGUUUUAUGUGUUUGCGUGUUUGCGUGGAGAGGCCUUAAACGAUUCGGCUGUAUUUUGUAAGUCCAAUCGUAAGCCAGUACCCAGCAUUAACCUGUAUAAGGUUUGCUGGUGUUAGUUGACUGUCUUAUUUCAAACUCAUUGAGAAUAUCUGCUUUGCCUAUAUCUUGUGCAAUAACAAAUUAGUAUCAGAUUGUAUGGAGAAGCACCUCAUUUA